AUGAACAGAUUGGCUAUGAAAUCUCCGAUUCUUCAUUGUCUGUCUUGUUCUGGUGUUACAUCAUCAAACAUUGACCAAUGUAUCACCCUUGUGGAAUGUGCACAUGAGUGCUACGUGAAUACAACAACUCUUUCAACGGGAACGAAGGCGAAGAAGUUUGGUUGUGCUGAGAAACCAGCUUGUUUGUCGGCGCAGGGUGUUAUAGGAAAAAGAGACGUGACGUCUUAUAACACUGAAUUUUGUCCUAAAGAGAUUUGCAACACAGAUGUGGAUCAUUUUCAAGAACCACCACACACGCCUUGUGGAGAUGUCUCUGAGACAGACUGUCGUGAUCCUGCUGCCCUAGCGUCAAUAUGCAGUGACUGUGAAACAGCCCAAUACUGCAGAAAGUCGUGUGGACUUUGUCGAGAUCGCUCUAAUUCUUGGUAUGAGAAUGUUGUUCUGUUCGACUUUGAUCCAGUACACAGGACAUGUCGUCACAGUGCUGGAGUUAGUGCCUCUAUAUGUCAAAGUAUAAAGGAGCAAUAUUACAGGGUACUCCCAGUGGUGAAAAAUAAUUACACGGUAAAUCACGCUCACGCAAGACAUGACUACCUAAUUCUGGCCGAGACAAACAGUUACGUCAGCAUCACUUUCAAAACGAAUGGAGAACCACUCACCAACUUACAACUGAGCGCAUGCAAAACCAUAAAUGGUCUUGGGAGAGUCGAUAUUUUACUCAACAACCAUGCCAUUCAAGAAGCAUAUAAUGGCACCUUUGGUGCGGAUUUGAGAUGGCAGAUUCACAAACUCGACACAAACCAAUUUCUCAACGAUCGAAAUUUUACCCUGCUCAUACGUAAGGACUCGAGGAAUCUUAGUUAUGGCCAUUACUGGUUAAGUCGCAUUCGACUGGAAAGUGUGGUGGCUCAUCAUGGUCAUCAUGGAAAAUGA